AUAAAAAAAAUAAUCUUAAACUACAUAGGUAUAGCCUAUAUGCGAGUAACACUCCAAAAACGCUCACGGUGCCGGUGACGGUGCCGGUGCCCAACUCAUACGCAAAUUGAAUUCCUUUAGAACCUGGAAUCUGGAACCUCUCAUAUGUCAUACGCAAAUUGCAGAAGCUCGAAUUGCAGAAGCUCGUUCCAGAUCAAUUUUUCAAGUGUUGUGGCUGGAAAUCAGUAAUGAAUGACCUGUCAUCCCCGGGCCCAGGGCAGCCGCCCCUCCUGCCCUGGCUCAGGGACGGGCCUGUCCAUACAUCAGACCAAGCUCAUGUUUCAGAUGACAAUAAAGACACUGACACAAAACAGAGAGCAUCCCAUGAUGGGACAAGUAAUCAUCCUCUGAAGGGAAGGAGAUCGUCCAAGAGAGUUGCAAUGUUCUUGACAAAGCCUUCGUAUACCCUCAGAGUGGGUUCAAUGAAUGUAUGCCGCGAUAAUCGCAUCAGGUUGCGAUGCCUUCUUCGUAAGCUUGUGGUCCAACACAAUUGGGUGGACGCUAGUGGAGUGCUAAGUACAUUGUUGAAAGGAACCUGCAGAGAAAAAUCACCUCAUAACAAUCGUAUGAAGUAUUGGGCUGCAAUGGAACUUCUUCAACAUAUGAAAAUUGAUCCAAAUGCCUACUCAUCAAGGAUUCAGCACUUGUAUGAUACAUGGAAGGAAAAGAUAAAGUCUAAGAGAAAGUGGCCAUUGAAGGAUAGGUCUGUUAUGUUGGAGUACAUUCUCUCAUGCCUUGCACGAAAUAGCCAUGACUAUGCCCGCAUUAAUUUGCAGAGCCUUCAGCAGGAAGAUGAACAUGCAAGAGAUGAAAAGUCUGAUCUGAUCAUGGGUUUGACCAAUUAUGAGUUAUGGUAUUCUGAUCUACCAAAUGAGAUGCGGCUCGGAAACUUAGAAGAGACUUGCUUGCAUCUGGAGUCAGAUAUAGUGAAAAACAACUCUUCUGAGGAUACAUACAACCUGAAGGAGGAGGAUGCAGCCAGUAUAUAUGAGACAUUUUCAAACUUGCACUAUCAUUCGGAGACAUCUGUUAUGAACGACAAGUACACUGAUGCAAAUGUUAACCAAAGGCUAGAUGUCGAAGUUUAUAGGGCCAAGCCAAUUGAGCAGAACAAGAAGUUCCAAUCGCAGGAUUUUUAUAUGAAUUCUGCUGAAUCGAGUGGAGAAACUGAUGGCUCAAUGCAAGAUGACUAUGACCAAUUUCAUUGUUCUUCUCCCUAUAAUAUACACAGUUUGCAAUCAUUGUUGCCCGUAAGAGUGCCUUCUUCAGAGAAUUUAAUGGACAUCAUCUCUUUUCGUAGACUAUUUUUUGGUGAUCAUUAUAAGGAAGCUUUGAAGUUUUUAAAGCUUGCUCUUCAGUCUCCCCGCCCUAUCUCAGAAGCUGCACUGCUUCCUUUAAUACAGCUGCUGUUGCUUGGGGGUCACGCUAAUGAAGCCAUAGUUGUUCUUGAGCAGUUCUGCAAUGAGUCAAGCUCAGUGCUUUCUUUAAGGUUGGUCUGGUCUAUUGUUCUUUCCUUGUGCUUAUUUUGCCUUAGGAGGUUGGUUUACAGAUUAAAGGCUCGUCUCUGGGAGUGCUUUGAUUCUGACAAGUGCGAUAAUAUAUCUGUGUGUUUUGAGGAUGUGAUGAAGAAGGAUCCUACAUGCAGGCAUUCCUUAGCAAGGCUGCUGGACUUGCAUAAAAAAGGAGAGUAUUCUUCUGAACGUCUAGUGGAGAUGAUUGCUCUUCACUUGGAAGCGACAUAUGGAGAUCACACUUCUUGGAGAGAGUUUGCUUUGUGUUUGCUUAACCUUUCUCAGUGUGAAGAAGACAGAAUGUCAGUAUGUAUUGAUGGGGAGCAAGUUAAGAGUGAACAAAUGCAUACUGUUCGUUUCUGUAAGACUCCUCCCUCAUUUGUGGAGGGUAUGUCCGGAAAGACUUGGAAAUUCCGCUGUAAAUGGUGGUUGAACCGUCAUUUUAGCAAGCACGUACUGGCAUCAGAAAUGGCAGAAGGUGAUUUGCAGCUGAUGUCUUACAAGGCAGCUUGUGCAUCGCAUCUGUACGGACAAGAGAUGGAAUACGUUGUUAGGGUUUGUAGUUAUGUAAAUGAGCAUGAGAAGGAACACGAUAGGACGCAAACGCUGUUAUUUUUGCGUACUCACAUGCAGAAUUCUGUCGGUUUCUUCUCCAAUUUUGUUAGGAAAUGAGCGCUCCGCUAAUUGUGUAAUUUAGCGUCUCACAAUUUUGGAAUAUAUUCAUCGAAAAUUAUUUAUAUAUAUAUUUAUUUAUUUUUUUAAAAAAUGCUUAUAGAACAACUUUUUUACUAUAAUUUAAAAAAAUGUGUAACCUGUUA